CCUCCUCCUCCUCCUCCUCUCCGUGCGCCACAGCGCGGCCAUGGUGGACUCUCCCAGCGAGAUGAAGAAGACCUUCUCGGUGCCGGAGAUCAAACCUCUGGACCAGUACGACCUGAGCCGGGCCAAGAUCUGCGCCAGCGUGCGGUGGCUGCUGUCCAAAUCCUACGGCUCUGCAGAAAACGUCCCGGUGGAGCUGCGAGACCCGCUGUACAAGGACCAGUAUGAACAGGAGCACCUCAAGCCGGCAGUCUCCAAGCUGCUCCUCUCCCCGGAGAUCUACUGCCGGGUCCAGGCCCUGCUGGCCCGGACGCAUGGCGUCUCCCCGCCGGCGUCGCAGGACUCCCCCGCCGACAACUCCGCCCUGCUGCAGCUCCUCAUCAAGAAAGGCUUCACCCCAAAGGUGCAGGACGUCGACGUGACGGAGGAGGACCUCAGCAAGAGUCCCAUCAAAACGAACGCCCACCUCGCCCUCAUGGACUCACUGAUGUCCCUGGCUGCUAAGGAGACGGUGGGCCAGGUGAAGAUGGCGGCCGAGGCCGAGCAGAUGGGCGUCCUGACUCCGUGGGAGAACGCUCUGUUCUUCUGGGUCAACAGGUUGAACCAGAAGCUGAGAGAAAACACAGACGAAGAAGAGCCUCCCAAAUCACAGACGUGCACAGACCUGCAGCCGGCUCAGGAUUCGUGUCAGUCCACCCGCUGGUACUGGAAGCUAGUCCCCCAUGCUAUCGCUUUUUGUUUGAAGGAGUCGGGGAAUAAGCCGCAAGUGAUCCGCUACAGGAAGGACAAAGUGAACUCGAAGCUGACUCCUACUUUCCCUCUGAUUUCUGCGGUCAAAGAUCUUUCUAAUGGCUGCGCAGUAGCUGCUGUGAUACACUUCUACUGCCCGAGCUUGCUGCCUCUGGAGGACGUGUGUCUGAAGGAUACCAUGUCUGUGACUGAUAGUCUCCACAACUUGCAGCUGAUCAAAGAGUUUUGCAGCAGCAGCCUGCAGAGCUGCUGCCUCCUGGCUGUGGAAGACCUGCUUUACGCUCCACCAGCUUUGCACCUGAACAUCAUGAGCUUCGUGGCCGAGCUGCUGGAGUGGUUUGAAGUCAAGAAGCCUGAUUUCGUCCAGCCCACACAGCCCAUUGACCUCACAGAUAUCUCGGGAUUUCUUGACUGUACAAGUCCAGUCAGUGGGAACAAUCACAGUGGCUCUCCUUCCUACAUCAUGAAACAACCUUUUGUGCCCAUUUCAUCGCCAGUGUCACCAGAAAAUAAAAGUUGGACCAAGAAACAGAUCAGUCGUCCUCUGUCAGCAGUGACUUUCAGCAUCCCAUUUGGCCUGGACAGUGAUGUUGACAUUGUCAUGGGAAAUCCAAUAGAUUCUGUCUUUCGCUCUGUCAGCACUGACAGCCUCAGCACUGGCAUCCCUGCAAUGACUUCCCCCGUGGCGUCGGCAGGGAUGACCCGCGUCCCGUACAGCCCUCCGGAGGACCUCAGUCACCUGGUCAGCGCUUCAGCCCCAUCGCAGCGCUCUUCCUGGGGCCCGUAUGCACACACGGCGCCGCUAGGAGAGCUGCCAACUAUUGAGGAGGCGUUGCAGGUGGGAUACAUGGCCAGCAGCAAAGACCAGAAGAAGGGACGGACGGUAGAGAAGGGUGGCCGAGGUGCCACCAGGCCAGAGCCCAGGCUGCGUCCUGAGGGAGCUCCUGCAGGUUUCUUUCUGCACUCUCCUCAAGACGAUAAUCCCCAGCUCAGCAGCUCGGCCCCCUGUCGGACCGGAGUCCUCUUUCGGCCAGUUGGGGGAGAGGGAGGGGAUAGAGAGAGGCAAGGGCGGGGAGAGAGGAGGGAGAGAACUGGACGGAGCUCGGAUAUGUCACGGGACGAUGACUCUGUCCUUCGAGACGGUAGUGUCGACUCCUCCGAAGCAUCAGACGAUGUGCCAAGAAACGCCCCUGGAAAUAUGCGACCUAACAAUGGCCGCCAGGGAAACCACAGCACGAGCAACAGUCCACGCAUGACGAGCUUUGCCGAACGGCGAGACAACCGUCGAAGACAACCUGCCGCUCCUGGGGAGGAGUCUUCUGCCCCGACCCCAACAACUCCAGGAACUCCACACACUCCCUCCACCCCAGCCGGAGCACCCGGACGCCAAGACAGCCCCGGUCCAAGAGGCCCGGAACCCGGUUCUGAGGCCUGGGAGCUGGGAGCUCGUCUCGAAGAGAAACGCAAAAGCAUUGAGGCCCAAAAAAGACGCAUCGAAGCCAUUUUUGCCAAACACAGACAGAGGCUUGGAAAAACUGCAUUCCUUCAGCUGCAAAGAGAACAAGGAGAAGGAGGAGGAGAGGGAGCAGAGGACAGCAUGACCCUGGACGAGCGUCUCACUCGCAUGGAGGAACAACUGAAAAAGGAGGAAGAGAAAGAACAGAAGGAGAAGGAUGGAGAGAAGGACAAAGAGCAGCCCUCAGUUUCCAAUCCUCGGUUAGAGAAGCAGGUCACAUUCUCCAUCGACAGCAAGAAAGAGCCAGAGAAAGAGAAAGGGGCAGAGAAACCAAAUGAAACGGUCAUCGUGGAAUACAAUGAAGUGGUGCAGAAACUAAGCGAGGCUCUGCAGUCGCUGCAGAAAGACAUGCAAAAGCUGACGGAGCAGCAACAACAGCUCAUGACCAACCAAAGACCUAAGAAUACACCCAAGCCCGCAGUAAAAGCUACACCUCGAGGUCAUACCAAGACGCCACCAAGAACCCCUCCUCACACACCGACAAAGACUCCACCACGAACACCAACGAAGACUCCCACCAGGAGCACCAGCAAGGCUUGGGUGAUUCCUGCGAGUUCCAAUACUCCUCCGGCUUGUUCCCCCUCCCGGCGUUCUCACGUUCUUUCCUCAUCCGCCUCUCCUAAAACCGUCAUGUCUUCCUCCUGCCCUGCUCCCCGGACAAAGAUUCAUACUUCCUCCACUCCCCGCAGCCCCAAAAACCACUCGCGUCUACAGCAUCAGCCCCACCCUCGGCCCUCCGAACUCAAGUUUCCGCCCCUUAAUCGUGUCUUGACGCCCACUCAGAAUGUCGACACGUUGCCCCAUUUGAGGCGCGUGUCCCCCAGCAAGUGUCAUUUACAGACUUCCUCUACCUUCCGCAUCGGUGGACCCAGAACCCCUCAGGAGCCUCCUCAGCUCGCCCUGCAGCCACAGCCGGAGGAGAGCACCUCCGACACAGGCUCCAGUGAGACGCCCACCCAGUUUAGCCUGGAAUUAGAUCAGGAGGAUGGAGAGACCGUUGGCGGACUACCAGUCUUGCCGCAGCCAAAACAGGACCGGCCGAGGGCUGCUGGUGGCAGCAGCUCGGGCGCUCCUUCUGAAUGUUCCUUUGAAAGUGAGACUUUAUCCUUAUCUGCUGCGUACAGCACAGGAGGAGAAGGAGGGAAGGGUGGAGGUGCAGGGAAGCUCUGCAGCCUCAUCAAUGAGUCCUUAUCGUCACUCGGAGGCCCUGAGGGGGGCAGUGACGAACCAACCGAUGAGGCGCAGGAGUUUUCCUCCGAUUCCAUGAGUGACCACACAGAAUCUGCAAUGGAAGCAGCCAAGGAAACGGCUGCUGAACCUUUAGAUCCAAUAGAGCGACUAAAUCUGGCAACAGAAGAGAAUGACGUGCCAGAACAACGAGACGAAAGACAGACCGAGACUUCGGAAAUAACCAGAGAGCAAAAUGAAGUGGAAACUAGAGGCGGAAUCGGGUUCUUCUUUAAGGAGGAUGGGCACAGCGAAGAUGAGAUGGCUCAGCGUAGAGCGCUGCUUUUGGAAAGGCAGCAGAAAAGAACCGAAGAGAUUAAAAGGAGGAGACAGUGGCAUGAGCAAGACAGAGAAAACAGACCUGCUUCGACAGAAAAACGAACGGCAUCUCCAUGCAACACGCCCCCUAGAGGUACGACCUCACCCUCACCCACACCUCCGGCCACCCCAGGGCGCCGCGGAGAGUUCACACGUGGCGAGUACGCUCGACGGCAGCAACUCCGAAUCAUGGAUGACCUGGACAAAGUGCUGAAGCAGAAAUCGACCAAUCCGGGGCGGCCUGCCAAUAAGAAAACCCGCUCUAGGCCUCGCAGCAUGACCAGGGAGGAAACACAGCUCUCUCUGAGCCCUGCCAAGGGAGCAACGGGUGGAUCAAAGUUGACAAAGAUUUACUCUCACUCCUCACUCAACCUGGCGGCCACCAAUGAGCCCGGAAGCAAAGGAAGUGAGUCCGCUAAGAAAACACAGAACAACCGCCCAGACUCUCCUUCAAAAUGUGUGACGCCAAGCAGACUAAUCAAUCAGAAUGGAGAUAAGGACUCGGACAGUGGCUCCAAUGGAACCUCGCCUGCUCCAGAAUACACAGGUCCAAAACUCUUCAAGGAACCAAGCUUCAAGUCUAACAAAUUCAUUAUACACAAUGCUCUGUCUCGCUGCUGUCUUGCCGGGAAGGUCAACGAAACACAAAAGAACAAGAUAGUUGAGGAGAUGGAGAAGAGUCCCGCCAACCACUUCCUCAUCCUCUUCCGGGAUUCCAGCUGUCAGUUCAGAGGCGUCUACACCAUGAAUCCCGACUCCCAGGAGCUGGUGCGGUUGACCGGCGUGGGCCCGCGGACAGUCAGCUCCACCCAGGUCGAGUCCAUCUACAAAUACAGCUCAGACAGGAAGCAGUUUAGUGCCAUCCCCUCCAAAACCAUGGGCAUGAGCGUGGACGCCUUCACCAUCCCCGGCCACCUGUGGCAAGGAGGCGCCGGAGGAGCGGGAGGAGGAGGGAGCAGAAGGGCGAGCAUUACAAAGAAGGCAGUCAUUUCCAAGUGA